AUGGGUGAAAGAAAAUAGACAUUUGUUCUUCCAUAAAGUUUAAGUAGCUAUAUAUAAAAUGGUAUUUUUAUUCGGCCAGAAUCUCCAAGAACAAAAGAUGCAAUGACUGAAUUAGGAAUAGAAAUGUCUUAAUUUGAAUUAAAAAAUAUAAAUGAUUUUGGUCAUGAUGGAUGUUCUGAAGAAAUAAAAUAAUUAAGGUACGAUCAUUAUAUGGGAAGAUUACAAACCGACGUUAAAGCUAUUUAAGAAAAAAGAAAAUAAAUAAUUCGUUAAUAAAAAUUAAAAUUUCAAGCAAACCCUUAAUUGUGCAAAUCUGUAAAUUAAUAAGUUAAUAAUAAACAGUAAUCUGUAGUAGCUUAAGAACUAAAUUACUUUUCACGUAAAUCUUUAAAUUAAAAUACUAGUAUUAAUAGUGAUUAUAAAAUGGAUCAUAAAUAAAUGAAAUAAGUAUAUAAUAAAACUAUUGGGUAUAUAAAAAGUACUCAUCAGUCUCCAAAUACUAAACCUGUAGAUGAAAUUAUUAGUAUUGAAGAUAUGAAUAUUUCUUAACUAGAAUCAUAAUUAAUGAAUGAAAUAUAAAAAUAUAAUAAAUUAAAAGAGCAAAAACAGUUACAAAAGAAUAAAACUUUUAAUUAAUAUUUUGUUAAAACAUAAUAUAAUGGUAAGAUGGACGAUUUGAAAGAAAAGUUUAGGAAAAUGGAAGAAAAUGUUUUAAAAUUAAAGGCAAGUACAAUAAUAAACUAAAUUAGAAACUUAAAGAAUAUUUGA